GGACGCGAUUCACUUCCUGUUUUUAAUCGCUCGUGGAGAACAUCGACAGCGGGCGACAGUUUUGCUCUGCAGCUUAAAAAUGAACAAUAUUCUGUGUAGAUCCAGGAGGCUGUUGUCUUCAGCGUGUCGGAAAAGUGCUUCAUUAGACCAGUCGGCUGUUUCUAGAUGCGUCAGUUUGUUAUCCAAAGCUCGGUGCCACAGAGUUACUGUGGCUUUAUCCUCAGGUCAACAACACUGGCGUCAGGGAGCGUCUCUCAGGUGUCCCUUUGAGCCAAAGAGAUGUUACACAGACACAGGUGAUAGUAAACUUACAGAAAGAGCGGAGAAAUUAGAAGAGGAAACCAAUCAGGUGGAGAGCAACAGGAGUAGCAUAAACUCCCAGAGCCAAGGAUUUUCCGAAGUGUUCACCCUCAACGUCCUGGUCUCUCUGCUGCGUCAGGAAAACGCCGUGGACCUGUGCGUGAUUAAAGUGCCGGAUCAUAUCCAAUACGCAGAGCACUUCAUCGUCGUCAGCGGUGUAUCGCCGAGACAUCUCCGUGCCAUGGCGCUUUAUGCUAUCAAAGUGUACAAGUUUCUGAGGAAAGAUGGAGAGCCACAUGUCAAGAUUGAAGGCAAGGAGGCAGAGGACUGGAUGUGUGUGGACUUUGGUAACAUCGUUGUUCACUUCAUGUUGCCUGAGACCAGAGAAGUGUAUGAACUGGAGAAACUGUGGACCCUGCGUGCCUACGACGAGCAGCUGAAGAAAAUUCCUGCAGAGACGCUGCCAGAAGAUUUCAUAUUUGAUGGCGAGCUGCCAAAGUGACUGGAUAUCUGAACGGCGCCGAAUCAUUGAACUUUAAAUUGACUUUUUCAGUAACUGGUAAGUGCAUAUGCUUUUUGUUUUAAAUGAGGAACUUAAAAGGAGCAGUCCUUCAUUUUCCUUUUUUAAUCAAGUCGCUACUUCGCCACACUGUUAAAGUUUCUAAACAUGGAUUUCUACCUCCUUAAUGUCUGCAGCACAAUCCCCAUUUAUGGUUAAGUCUGGUAAAGAUAUUAAAAAAGCCUUAAA